CUGCUGCCUCCUUUUAUUAAGCUCACCAAAGGGGUAACACUCCUCCAGAAAGAUGACUCACGACCUACAAGUCAGUAUCCCAGUGUCAGAGUUCAGUACAAAUGGCAGCCCGAGCGGAAAGACAUUAUCUUUGGGCACGACGAAAGCUGCAACGGUCACCUUUCACAACAUCUGCUACAGAGUGAAGAUGAAGAGUGGCUUUAUAGGCUGCCGAAAAGUAGUUGACAAAGACAUUCUGAGAGAUAUCAACGGGAUAAUGAGACCAGGACUGAAUGCCAUUCUGGGGCCAACUGGUGGUGGAAAAUCUUCACUACUGGAUGUUUUAGCUGCAAGGAAAGAUCCUCAUGGUUUGAGCGGAGAUGUUCUCAUCAAUGGAGCUCCUCAGCCCGCCAAUUUUAAAUGCAUCUCUGGAUAUGUAGUACAGGAUGAUGUGGUGAUGGGGACCUUGACCGUGAGAGAGAACUUCCAAUUCUCAGCUGCCCUCCGACUACCAAGGACUGUGAGACAGCGAGAAAAGGAGGAAAGGAUUAACCAGAUCCUUAAUGAGCUGGGCUUGACAAAAGUGGCAGAUUCAAAGGUUGGAACCCAGUUCAUUCGUGGUAUAUCGGGGGGAGAGAGGAAAAGGACCAAUAUUGGAAUGGAGCUCAUUACUGACCCUGCAAUCUUGUUCUUAGAUGAGCCAACCACUGGACUGGAUGCCAGCACAGCCAAUGCUGUACUGCUGCUUCUGAAAAGGAUGGCCAGGCAGGGAAAAACCAUCAUCUUUUCCAUCCAUCAACCUCGCUACUCCAUCUUUAGACUGUUUGAUAAAUUGACCUUACUGGCGGCGGGAAGAAUGUUGUAUCAUGGACCUGCUCAGAAUGCUCUAGAAUACUUCAAGUCCAUUGGUUAUGAGUGCGAACCAUACAACAAUCCGGCCGACUUCUUUCUGGAUGUCAUUAAUGGAGACUCAACAGCUGUUGCUUCUAACAAGACUGAUGAAAUUGAUAUAGAUAGCAUUGAUGAGCACAUCAGUCGCGAUAAGACGUUGGCAGAGAAAUUAGCGGAGACGUAUACCAGUUCAACCUUCUACCAAGAGACCAAAGCAGAACUAGAAAAACUGUCUUCGGGGAGCCCGAGGGAGAGCAUUUUCCGACAAAUCACCUACUCCACUUCCUUCUUUCACCAGCUCAAGUGGGUCUCCAAACGCAUGUUCAAAAAUUUGCUAGGCAACCCACAAGCCUCUAUAGCGCAGCUAUGUGUUACAGUUUUCCUGGGGUUAGUGGUAGGCGCCAUCUUCUUUGCUGCAUCAGAUGAUUCUGCUGGUUUGCAGAACAGAAUCGGUGCCAUGUUCUUUAUGACCACCAACCAGUGUUUCAGCAGCAUCUCUGCUAUUGAACUUUUUGUUGUGGAGAAGAAGAUAUUCAUACAUGAAUACAUCAGUGGGUAUUACAGAAUUUCUGCAUACUUCUUCUCAAAGCUAAUGGCUGAUUUAAUACCCAUGAGGACUUUACCGAGCAUCAUCUUCGCGUGCAUAGUUUAUUUCAUGAUAGGUCUGAAACCAACAGCAGCGGCCUUCUUUACAAUGAUGUUUACCUUGAUGAUGGUAUCUUACACAGCUACUUCUAUGGCUCUCGCUAUCGCCACAGGGCAGAGUGUGGUGGCUGUAGCUAAUCUACUUAUGACCAUCACCUUUGUCUUUAUGAUUAUUUUCUCUGGGUUGUUGGUAAAUCUCACUAGUAUAAUGUCUUGGCUUUCCUGGCUCCAAUACUUCAGCAUCCCUCGAUAUGGCAUGACAGCACUAGAGGUUAAUGAGCUUACAGGUCUAACGUUCUGCAACAAUGGAUCAACUUCAAGCUUUCCUAACUCUACGGCUGUUAGCAAAACAUGCACUACAGGAGAAGACUAUCUGAAGGGCCAAGGGAUCGAUGCAACAUCAUGGGCGCUAUGGCAGAAUCAUGUUGCGCUUGCUUGCAUGACCAUCAUUUUCCUUACAAUUUCAUAUCUGAAGUUGCGCUUCAUGAAAAAGUUCUCUUAAAACUAACAUGUAAAACCACUCCUGUGACACAGGCACCCUGGGAUAUCUUAAGUAGAAGAUGUAGAGCAGUUUUCCCCAAUCCCAUGUCCUCCAGAUGUGUUGGACUACAGCUUUCAUCAUCCACAGACA